GCUUAGAAGCAAACCUCUAAACGUCAGUGGGGGUGGUCCUUCGUUAUCUGACAUCACUGUUCAGAAGCUACAGAGCUGCGUGGUGCUGAAACGCGAUUAAAAAAACUAUAACGGAGAAAUUUAACAUUUUUCAUGAAUGAAUAUUAUCUGGAAAAGAUCCCAAUUCAGUGCUCUGAGGGAAACCUUCAUAAACACCGGAAACGCGUGUUUUUGUUUUAUAAUCUGAGGGGUCUUCAACACACAGGAGCGAUGGCUGCCGUUAUAACAAAGAGAUCGCUGCAGAGGUACGUGGUUCUCUUUCUUCUUCUUGCCUCGGCUUGCAAAGUAUCAGCUUCAGCGACUCAUUAUUCAAUAUCCGAAGAGAUGAAAGAAGGAUCCGUUGUGGCUAAUCUCGCUGCCGAUCUUGGCCUGGACAUUGCGACGCUUACAAAGAGAAAGAUGCGAGUUGAUAUAAUCGCUAACAAGAAAUAUUUGGAUGUAAACAAGGAGACUGGCGAGAUGUAUGUUCUGGAAAAGAUCGACAGAGAGCAAAUUUGCCCAACAAAGUCAUCAGCCUCUUGUUACCUCAGAUUGGAAGUUACAUUGGACAAUCCAGUGCGGAUUUUUAACAUCGAAGUGGAAAUUUUGGACAUGAAUGACAACGCCCCACAAUUUCGAAGGGAGGUGAUACAUUUAGAUAUAUCAGAAGCGACACCAAAGGGGGAGAGAUUUUCUCUCAGUAAUGCGGUUGAUCGUGAUGUUGGUACUAAUGCAUUAAAAACAUAUCAUCUGAGUGAAAGCGAAUAUUUCAGCAUCCAGGUCCAGACAGGGAGAGAUGGGUCUAAAGUUGCAGAUUUGAUAUUGAAAAAAACCUUAGAUCGUGAGAAGCAGUCAUUUCACAACUUAAUCCUUACAGCUGUGGAUGGAGGAACACCUGCUCGGUCUGGAACUGCCAGUGUUAUUGUUCGGGUUUUAGACACUAAUGACAAUGCUCCAACAUUUGACAGGACUAGUUUGACAGUUAACAUCCAGGAAAAUUCCCCAAUUGGAAGCCCUGUUAUUCGUCUUAAUGCAACAGAUCUAGAUGAAGGAUCAAAUUCUUAUAUAACAUACUCAUACAGUUUAUAUACAUCAGAAAAAGCACAAGAAACAUUCAGUCUGAACCCAACCACUGGAGAAAUAACAGUAAAAGGAAUUUUGAAUUACGAGGAUUUUAAGAUUUACGACAUGGAAGUUAUAGCAACAGAUAAUGGAGCUAACAGUUUGUCUGGACAAUGCACCAUAAAGAUUAUAGUUGAAGACAUGAAUGACAACCACCCUGAAAUAUCUAUUAAAUCAUUUCAAAGUCCAGUCAGUGAAAACAUAGAAUUAGACACAGUGAUAGCUGUAGUUAGUGUUAGUGAUAAAGACUCUGGUGAUAAUGGAGUGGUUGAUCUUUAUAUUCCAAAGAACAUGCCUUUUAAAUUAAAGGAGUCCUCUGAUAACUAUUAUGAGUUAGUGGUGUCAGAGUCAUUGGACCGAGAGAAGGUCCCAGAAUAUGACAUCACUUUCACUGUCAAAGACAGAGGCUCUCCUCCUUUAGUUGACAAUGAAACUAUGACUUUGGAGCUGCUGGAUGUUAAUGACAAUGUUCCACAGUUUCCCCAGUCAUUUUAUACUAUACGUGUCAUGGAGAAUAAUGCACCUGGGGCUUUGCUAAGCUCACUCACUGCAUUUGAUCCUGACCUCCAUGAAAACCAGUAUCUAGUUUAUUUUAUAAUUGAAAAGGAGAUCGCCAACACCUCCAUGUCCAUGCUGUUCUCCAUCAAUCCAGAGAAUGGGAAUCUUUACGCUCUGAAAACUUUUGAUUAUGAAAUUGAAAAAGAGUUUCUUUUCCACAUCGAGGCCAGAGACUCUGGUUCUCCUCCUCUCAGCAGUAACGUGACUGUUCACAUCAUUAUUGUGGACCAAAAUGACAACGCUCCAACUAUAGUUUCUCCUUGGCGGGCUCAUGGCUCAGUAGUAGAGGAGAAGAUCCCCAGAUCCACUGAUAAAGGCUCUCUGGUGGCUAAAGUGAUCGCCUUAGACACAGACUCUGUGCACAACUCUCGGAUUACCUACCAGUUUCUCCAGGUGACUGAUGCUUCCUUGUUCAGUCUGGAACAAUACAAUGGAGAGAUCCGGACCAUGAGGAUGUUCAGUUACAAAGACUCCCGCCAUCACAGACUGGUUGUUGUUGCCAAGGACAACGGGGAGCCUGCUCUCUCUGCUACAGUCACCAUCAAGCUGCUGACAGUGGAGACUGAUGUUAAGGCCUACUCUGACAUGACUGAGAUGCCUCUGGAAUAUGACAUCUUUUCAGAUAUAAACCUGUAUCUGGUCAUCGGUCUGGGCUCAGGUUUCAUUUCUCCUGCUCAUCACCAUACUGGUCACCAUCGUGCUGAAGUGUCAGAAACCCAAGCCCAGCAAAGCUGCUCCUCCCAGCAGGAACAGUGUGAUCAGCACAUGCCUUUUAAAUUAAAGGAGUCCUCUGAUAACUAUUAUGAGUUAGUGGUGUCAGAGCCAUUAGACCGAGAGAAGGUCCCAGAAUAUGACAUCACUUUCACUGUCAAAGACAGAGGCUCUCCUCCUUUAGUUGACAAUGAAACAAUGACUUUGGAGCUGCUGGAUGUUAAUGACAAUGUUCCACAGUUCCCCCAGUCAUUUUAUACUAUACGUGUCAUGGAGAAUAAUGCACCUGGGGCCUUGCUCAGCUCACUCACUGCAUUUGAUCCUGACCUCCAUGAAAACCAGUAUCUAGUUUAUUUUAUCAUAGAGAAGGAGAUUGCCAACACCUCCAUGUCCAUGCUGUUCUCCAUCAAUCCAGAGAAUGGGAAUCUUUACGCUCUGAAAACUUUUGAUUAUGAAAUUGAAAAAGAGUUUCUUUUCCACAUCGAGGCAAGAGACUCUGGUUCUCCUCCUCUCAGCAGUAACGUGACUGUUCACAUCAUUAUUGUGGACCAAAAUGACAACGCUCCAACUAUAGUUUCUCCUUGGCGGGCUCAUGGCUCAGUAGUAGAGGAGAAGAUCCCCAGAUCCACUGAUAAAGGCUCUCUGGUGGCUAAAGUCAUCGCCUUAGACACAGACUCUGUGCACAACUCUCGGAUUACCUACCAGUUUCUCCAGGUGACUGAUGCUUCCUUGUUCAGUCUGGAUCAAUACAAUGGAGAGAUCCGGACCAUGAGGAUGUUCAGUUACAAAGACUCCCGCCAUCACAGACUGGUUGUUGUUGCCAAGGACAACGGGGAGCCUGCUCUCUCUGCUACAGUCACCAUCAAGCUGCUGACAGUGGAGACUGAUGUUAAGGCCUACUCUGACAUGACUGAGAUGCCUCUGGAAUAUGACAUCUUUUCAGACAUAAACCUGUAUCUGGUCAUCGGUCUGGGCUCAGUUUCAUUUCUCCUGCUUAUCACCAUACUGGUCACCAUUGUGCUGAAGUGUCAGAAACCCAAGCCCAGCAAAGCUGCUCCUCCCAGCAGGAACAGUGUGAUCAGUGAGAGGAACUCCACCAUUGCAGACUCCACUCUGGUAUCCAAUGAUGCCUACUGGUACAGUCUGUUUCUGGCAGAGACCAGGAAAGGAAAGCUGGUGGUUAGACAGCCUGUGCCAAAGGGCUCCAGGUACAUCGUAUCCAGCCUUCCGAGAGGAACAGGACUGUCAGAGACUAGUGGCUCUGCAGCUUCUACUCUCCAGAGGUAUGUUGCAGUUGGACUAUUCCUCUGUCUUUCUUCUAUUAUUGACAUCGCAACCACUGUAACUCAUUAUUCCGUACCGGAGGAAAUGGAUGAAGGAUCCGUUGUUGCAAAUUUAGCGACUGAUUUAGGAUUAGAUGUACGGAGUCUGAGUAAAAGAAAAAUGCGCGUGGAUGUUGUGGGCAACAAGAAGUACCUCGAGAUUAACAGAGAUACUGGGGAGCUUUUUAUCUUGGAAAAAAUAAACAGGGAAUUUCUUUGUCCUCUCAAGACAGCCACCUCCUGCUUCAUUAGAUUAGACGCUACAAUUGAGAACCCGGUGCGCAUGUUUAACAUUGAGGUAGAAAUAUUGGACAUAAAUGAUAACGCUCCUCAUUUUAGACGAGGAACAAUGCAUUUGGACAUAUCAGAGUCCAGCCCUGUGGGAGAGAGAUUUUCCCUGAAUAACGCUGCAGACCCGGAUGUCGGGACGAAUUCUGUGCAGAAUUACCACCUGAGCGCAAGUGAUCAUUUUGCUAUUGAAAUUCAGACCGGCAGGGACGGGACGAAAUUUGCAGACUUGGUUCUGAAAAAAGCUCUGGACAGAGAACAGCAGGCUGUUCAUAAUCUGAUUCUGACUGCUGUGGACGGUGGAGUUCCCACCCGCACGGGUACAGCCAGCAUCAUUGUUCGCGUGCUAGAUGUGAACGACAACGCCCCUUCAUUUGACAAAGACAAGUACGUUGUAGAUGUGAUGGAGAAUUCUCCCAUUGGCAGCUUGGUAAUCAAGCUGAAUGCUACAGAUUUAGAUGAAGGCUCCAAUUCUGAUAUUGUUUAUUCAUACAGCUUAUAUACAUCAGAAAGAACACAGAUGAUGUUUAACCUGAAUCCAGAAAAUGGUGAAAUCAGAGUAAAGGAAAUGAUAAAUUAUGAAGAUGAUCAACUUUAUGAGAUGGAGGUCAUAGCCAGUGACAAGGGGCCUAACUCCUUAUCUGGACAGAGCAGAGUGACCAUUCAGGUGACUGAUAUGAAUGACAACCACCCUGAAAUUUCUAUUAAAUCAUUUCAGAGUCCAAUUAAAGAAAAUGUGGACACAGACACAGUGAUAGCUGUUGUUAGUGUCAGUGAUAAAGACUCUGGUGAUAAUGGAGUGGUUGAUCUUCAUAUUCCAGAGAAUAUGCCUUUCAAACUGAGGAAGUCCUCUGAUAUACAGUAUUAUGAGUUAGUUUUGUCAGAGCCAUUAGACCGAGAGAAGGUCCCAGAAUAUGACAUCACUUUCACUGUCAAAGACAGAGGCUCUCCUCCUUUAUUUGACAAUGAAACUAUGACUUUGGAGCUGCUGGAUGUUAAUGACAAUGUUCCACAGUUUCCCCAGUCAUUUUAUACUAUACGUGUCAUGGAGAAUAAUGCACCUGGGGCCUUGCUCAGCUCGCUCACUGCAUUUGAUCCUGACCUCCAUGAAAACCAGUAUCUAGUUUAUUUUAUCAUAGAGAAGGAGAUCGCCAACACCUCUAUGUCCAUGCUGUUCUCCAUCAAUCCAGAGAAUGGGAAUCUUUAUGCUCUGAAAACUUUUGAUUAUGAAAUUGAAAAAGAGUUUCUUUUCCACAUCGAGGCCAGAGACUCUGGUUCUCCUCCUCUCAGCAGUAACGUGACUGUUCACAUCAUUAUUGUGGACCAAAAUGACAACGCUCCAACUAUAGUUUCUCCUUGGCGGGCUCAUGGCUCAGUAGUAGAGGAGAAGAUCCCCAGAUCCACUGAUAAAGGCUCUCUGGUGGCUAAAGUGAUCGCCUUAGACACAGACUCUGUGCACAACUCUCGGAUUACCUACCAGUUUCUCCAGGUGACUGAUGCUUCCUUGUUCAGUCUGGAUCAAUACAACGGAGAGAUCCGGACCAUGAGGAUGUUCAGUUACAAAGACUCCCGCCAUCACAGACUGGUUGUUAUUGCCAAGGACAACGGGGAGCCUGCUCUCUCUGCUACAGUCACCAUCAAGCUGCUGACAGUGGAGACUGAUGUUAAGGCCUACUCUGACAUGACUGAGAUGCCUCUGGAAUAUGACAUCUUUUCAGAUAUAAACCUGUAUCUGGUCAUCGGUCUGGGCUCGGUUUCAUUUCUCCUGCUCAUCACCAUACUGGUCACCAUCGUGCUGAAGUGUCAGAAACCCAAGCCCAGCAAAGCUGCUCCUCCCAGCAGGAACAGUGUGAUCAGUGAGAGGAACUCCACCAUUGCAGACUCCACUCUGGUAUCCAAUGAUGCCUACUGGUACAGUCUGUUUCUGGCAGAGACCAGGAAAGGAAAGCUGGUGGUUAGACAGCCUGUGCCAAAGGGUUCCAGGUACAUCGUGUCCAGCCUACCGAGAGGGACAGGACUGUCAGAGACUAGUGGCUCAGCAGCUUCUACUCUGCAGCCUGGGGAAAAACAGGGUUUUCUCAAUAGUGGAAUGUUCAGGAUGGCACAACCUGUCAGCCUUUUUUGCAGGACGGGGUAUGUGUUGCUGACUCUUAGUGUUUUUGCCACGUUUAAUAACGUAAUGUCAGUCACUCAUUAUUCUGUACCCGAGGAAAUGGAGGAGGGAUCCAUCGUUGCGAAUUUGGCGUCUGACCUGGGACUAGAAGUGAAAACUCUGAAGACGAGGAGAAUGCGCGUUGAUGUAGCAAACAAAAAAUAUAUCGACAUCAACACAGACACCGGUGAGCUUUUUAUUUUGGAAAGAAUUAACAGAGAGCUUCUGUGCCCAUCGAAAACCUCUUCACACUGUAUGCUUAAAUUAGACGCGACAAUUGAGAACCCGGUGCGCAUGUUUAACAUUGAGGUAGAAAUAUUGGACAUAAAUGAUAACGCUCCUCAUUUUAGAAGAGGAACAAUGCAUUUGGACAUAUCGGAGUCCAGCCCUGUGGGAGAGAGAUUUUCUCUGAAUAACGCUGCAGACCCGGAUGUCGGAACGAAUUCUGUGCAGAAUUACCACCUGAGCGCAAGUGAUCAUUUUGCUAUUGAAAUUCAGACCGGCAGGGACGGGACGAAAUUUGCAGACUUGGUUCUGAAAAAGGCUCUGGACAGAGAACAGCAGGCUGUUCAUAAUCUGAUUCUGACUGCUGUGGACGGUGGAGUUCCCACCCGCACGGGUACAGCCAGCAUCAUUGUUCGCGUGCUAGAUGUGAACGACAACGCCCCUUCAUUUGACAAAGACAAGUACGUUGUAGAUGUGAUGGAGAAUUCUCCCAUUGGCAGCUUGGUAAUCAAGCUGAAUGCUACAGAUUUAGAUGAAGGCUCCAAUUCUGAUAUUGUUUAUUCAUACAGCUUAUACACAUCAGAGAGAACACAGAUGAUGUUUAACCUGAAUCCAGAAAAUGGUGAAAUCAGAGUAAAAGAAAUGAUAAAUUAUGAAGAUGAUCAACUUUAUGAGAUGGAGGUCAUAGCCAGUGACAAGGGGCCUAACUCCUUAUCUGGACAGAGCAGAGUGACCAUCCAGGUGACUGAUAUGAAUGACAACCACCCUGAAAUUUCUAUUAAAUCAUUUCAGAGUCCAGUUAAAGAAAAUGUGGACACAGACACAGUGAUAGCUGUUGUUAGUGUCAGUGAUAAAGACUCUGGUGAUAAUGGAGUGGUUGAUCUUCAUAUUCCAGAGAAUAUGCCUUUCAAACUGAGGAAGUCCUCUGAUAACUAUUAUGAGUUAGUGUUAUCAGAGCCAUUAGACCGAGAGAAGGUCCCAGAAUAUGACAUCACUUUUACUGUCAAAGACAGAGGCUCUCCUCCUUUAUUUGACAAUGAAACUAUGACUUUGGAGCUGCUGGAUGUUAAUGACAAUGUUCCACAGUUUCCCCAGUCAUUUUAUACUAUACGUGUCAUGGAGAAUAAUGCACCUGGGGCCUUGCUCAGCUCGCUAACUGCAUUUGAUCCUGAUCUUCAUGAAAACCAGUAUCUAGUUUAUUUUAUCAUAGAGAAGGAGAUCGCCAACACCUCCAUGUCCAUGCUGUUCUCCAUCAAUCCAGAGAAUGGGAAUCUUUAUGCUCUGAAAACUUUUGAUUAUGAGAUUGAAAAAGAGUUUCUUUUCCACAUCGAGGCCAGAGACUCUGGUUCUCCUCCUCUCAGCAGUAACGUGACUGUUCACAUCAUUAUUGUGGACCAAAAUGACAAUGCUCCAACUAUAGUUUCUCCUUGGCGGGCUCAUGGCUCAGUAGUAGAAGAGAAGAUCCCCAGAUCCACUGAUAAAGGCUCUCUGGUGGCUAAAGUGAUCGCCUUAGACACAGACUCUGUGCACAACUCUCGGAUUACCUACCAGUUUCUCCAGGUGACUGAUGCUUCCUUGUUCAGUCUGGAUCAAUACAAUGGAGAGAUCCGGACCAUGAGGAUGUUCAGUUACAAAGACUCCCGCCAUCACAGACUGGUUGUUGUUGCCAAGGACAACGGGGAGCCUGCUCUCUCUGCUACAGUCACCAUCAAGCUGCUGACAGUGGAGACUGAUGUUAAGGCCUACUCUGACAUGACUGAGAUGCCUCUGGAAUAUGACAUCUUUUCAGAUAUAAACCUGUAUCUGGUCAUCGGUCUGGGCUCUGUUUCAUUUCUCCUGCUUAUCACCAUACUGGUCACCAUUGUGCUGAAGUGUCAGAAACCAAAGCCCAGCAAAGCUGCUCCUCCCAGCAGGAACAGUGUGAUCAGUGAGAGGAACUCCACCAUUGCAGACUCCACUCUGGUAUCCAAUGAUGCCUACUGGUACAGUCUGUUUCUGGCAGAGACCAGGAAAGGAAAGCUGGUGGUUAGACAGCCUGUGCCAAAGGGCUCCAGGUACAUCGUGUCCAGCCUACCGAGAGGGACAGGACUGUCAGAGACUAGUGGCUCAGCAGCUUCUACUCUGCAGGCCUCUACUGCAAGCAGCAGCAGCUCUAAGUAACCCGAGUCCUUCAGCUGUGGACAGGAUCCAUAACAACAGCAAACACAUCACUGAAGAAAAGAGGAACUGCUUUUUGAUAUCCGUACCCACGUAAAUGCCAUCCUCUGUCUUGCUCCUGUUCCUUAUCGUGUGCAGUCAUCAUGCAACUCAAAUGAAAUUUACCAGAGAACAUACCCAUGCACUCCCUCUUUGUUUGAGCACAUACGCAGAUCUGAUGUCCAUACCUAUAUGCAUGAAUAUAAUGCAUGGCUUCAACUGUGUUAAAAAAAAAAAAACAGCCAUUCAAAACAUUUUUAGAGCAGGUACUGACAAAUAAGCAGACUGUAACAUGGUAUCUAUUUCUAAGUAUGUACAGAAGACACAAAAAUUAUUCCAAGAGUGGACAUAGGAACGCUGAAAUGCCUUUCAUAGACUUUUUGCAUUUUUUAGAAGGAAGCACAUGUUGGGUACUUACUGUAAGUUUUAUCCAUUGUGCCCAUUUCUGCGCCAUACAAAGUGUAUUAUAUAAACAACCUGAAAAAUGAAGUGCUGCACAAAUAACUAAAUGUCCCAAAAUUGAAAGAAAAACAAAUAUUAAUACAAAGGAAUAAUAUUUAAUAAAUUAGCGUUAGCCUCUUUUUAAGUUAUGUUUGGUACUAAUGUUUUAUGAGUUAGUCCAGCUUAAAUGUAUGAAAAUGUCACGUCCAUCAUAAGCACAAAUGAACAGGACUGAGGACUUCAGCCAUAAUGUCCUUCGGUUCUUUCUAUUUAUAAAAGAGUAAAUUUGCAGUUUCAAUAAACCUUUGCUUCCUUACAAGAGAAACACACACAUAUACCCUUUCCCAUGACUUCAAAUUUCAAUCUUAACAUAUCUGAAGGUUUUGGCUACUUGAACAUUAUUAAAGGUGUCUUGAGGUCUCAUUGAGUGAGUGAACGUGAAAGAACAACCUGAUUUGUUCUUGUAUUAACUGUAUAUAAUGCUAGAAAUGGUAAUGAAUUUGUUUUUUUUAGUUGAUUUUGUAAUCCAUUCUGUAAAAUUUGCAUAAUUUCAGUAUUUUCAGUGGUGCAACAUGACAAACCUUGAUUGUUAAUUUACAAAAUGCAAACAGCAUACUAUACCUGUUUUGGUUUGUUUUUUUAUCCAAUGGAAGUUUUAUGUAUUUUACUGAAUUGUACGUGUCACUUUACAGAGGAAACAAUUCACUUACAUGCAGCAGACGUAAGCUGAAACAUAUGCCUGUUUAUUAAUAUACAUUUGUAUCAUCAAUAUAGGGCUUUUAAGCCUCUUUAAUGUGAACCGAAUUAUGUGCCAACAGAUUUAAGUCAGCCUGUCUCUGCAAGAAUACAACAACCAUCUUGUCAAACUCUUUAGUACAGCUUGGUUUUGUAGUUAGAAAGUUCAAUGUUUUCAAUCAAACAUAUUGUAAUUCCAGUGUUACUUUCACAGUGAAAUAUGUAGAACGUGUGUUAGUUAUAUACUGUGGUCUGUGAAUUACAAAAUAAAACAUAAAAACACUAAA